AGGGAAAUAAAACUAUGCUUAAUGUCUCCUUGCUGUACUGUGACUCUAGGUAGCCCCGAUAAUUUAAGAGUUUUAAACAUUAAUGUGCAUGGAGCUGCGUCAACUCCGCUGCUAUCGGAGUGUAUCUCCACAGCCCCCCUGCGCUCUAAUAGCUGUUGGAACAAUCCGCAUCGCAGGGUGUGGAUCCGGAGCGGUCCAGAAAGGGUAGCCAGCACAGGGAGUAAUAACGGGAGAGGGGCGAAUAUGAGUUAAUGCUACCCGGGAAGAACACCACCUCGGAGGUGAAUAUCCUGCGAGAAAAAUCUGAGGAUUGAAUGAAAAUAUAGUUAAUUGUUUGACCUGGAGGUAUCAAAGGCGACAGGAGCGUGAGGAGAGAGCAUCGAGACACAUACAGAAGCUCCGAAUUGACUGCCAGCGAACGACUGCGUAGAAGACCGUAUGAGAGGGAGGUGACAGUGUUGAAAAGUCUAUUGCUUUUGAUCAUUUGGAUCUACGGAGUAAAGUGUUUUGUUUUCAAUGCACGUUUUUAUUUUACUUUCGCGGGGAUCAAGAAUCACUUCCGGAAACCCACUUUAUUUUUUGUUGAGCAGUCGCUACAGUUUUUGAAUCAAAACUGACGAACAGACUCCAAAACUGGACUAUUGUACUGUCGUCAAUGUCUUGUCAGACGAGAUACGUCAAUUAAAAUAAUUAAAAUAUUAUCUGGGAGAGUGCGGACCGGAUCUAUUGCUAUAAAUAUUAUAUUCAAGUAUUUGACAUUCUGUAGUUAACAAACAGCAUUUCCCACCCAAGUGAACUGGCGAGAGAGAAGGAUACAUUGUUGCUGCGUAUGAGGACGCGUUUCUGGCACAUCAAAUCAAAAUUGAAUAUUCACUUUUUUUUUAUCAUCAAGAGAUUCGCAUUGACUCUACCUAGAUCAGAGGCUUUGGAAUAGAGAGCAAGAAACUGAAACUGACACUAAACACGGUUUUUACUUUUGUUGUGCCUUGGAAUACACUUACUUGCACAUGAGCACUUUGCUUUGUCAUAUUUAUUUUUGCAUGCACGUGUUUAUUUCAUCUUCCUGCACACGAUAACAUUUUUUCACAAGCUAAAGGUUGUUGUCACUCGUGUUUUUAGUUCCGUGUCCCUCUCCUCCCACCUCUCGACCUGGCCGCGCUUAUUAAGGGCACCAGUUAACUGUGGACUUCGCUAGUUCCUUCAAGGGGGAAGGGUAGAUUUUCAUGUUUGUGCAUCUGGUGGAGGAGACAAAGACAAAAAGCUUUUACUGUGGAUGAUUUAUCUCUCUGAACUGUACCAUUUAUGUCACUGGAUUAAACCACCAGGUUGAAGUCUGGGAAAGAAAACAGAACAGAUGUUUUGGAUUGCUUUCACCUGUUUGUUUUUUGACUGAUUAGUUCACAAUAGGAUACUUACACGGAAUCUAAGAGGCAAAGGCUAUUUUUAGAGUGAUGGGGUAAAUGGUGGUAGUUGGAAAUUGAGACCCCCACCCUCAGCCCAACAACACUUCCAGCUUUAGCUCUGGUUCCAUUGUCAGCUGCUGAAUUAUCAAAACUGGAAAUUCGAGUGGGGGUCCUGUCUCAGUCAAGCUCCCAGAUAUACAUCUCACCCUGCUCAACUUCUUUUUAUCUUUGACUGGAAUUAAACUUUUUUUUCAGCACGGAGCAAGGAACAAUGCAUGAGAAACUGCACUUAUAAGAAGCAAACUUGAGUAACCAAAUAUUUUCUUCCCCAUAUACACAGAGAAGCAUAUAUAUAUAUAUAUAUUAAAUAAGAAAUAGCUAUGAAUUAUAUAAGAAUAUGUAGUUUAAAUAAUUAUAUUAUAUUUUUACGUCAGAAAUAAGCAUUGUUGCCUGAAACCCAGUUCAUUGCCUUAGAGAAACAUAGUAAUAAAGAAUACAGAGGAAAGACGACGUGAAACUUUUUUGGAAACAAGUUAAUGGUGCCUUUUUAGUUCCGUUGGUUCCUAAUGUCUCCACCACUUCAGGAUUGAAUUGUUGACAAAGAAAUAUUUUUGUGUGAAACCCUUAUAUACCUGCCUUUCCGGUUCAAACCUGAGUUUUAUUGUUGUUGGAUGUAUAUUGCUGGAUUGCAUUGAUUUCUGAAGAGUUCUGAGACGAGGAUUACCCCUUCACUCUACACUUGAUGCAUCCUCAUAGUUUUCCAAAGUAAUUUUUGGAAUCCCCAAAUUAUAAACUUUGACUUGAUUUCUGGGAUACAGCAGCCCAACACACAAGAGUUUCAGAUGGUGAUCACUUCGUCAGUGGAGGAGAAGUCGCAGCCUUCUAACAGAAUGGUCGCAAAUCUGCCGACCGAAUCCUGGAUCAACAACCCAGAGCAAAGUCGCUACUUACCAACUCAGUCACACCUACUCCGGAAACCGACAAAAAGUGGAAGCAGCUCAGGAUGCAAGCCCCCCUCCUCUACCCUCUGCCAGCCUGCCGCCUUGGGCUUCUCCCCCGCUGAGCCAACCAUGUCGAGCCAGCACAGCCACCCCUCCUUCAGCAACAUCCACUCCAUGGCUGAACAGCAGCAGGUGCUGUCUGAUGCGACCAUACUGCAGAGGAGGAUCCCCCCAAGUUUUAGAGAUCCCGCCAGCGCACCGCUGAGAAAACUCUCUGUCGAUCUGAUCAAGACUUACAAGCACAUCAAUGAGGUGUACUACACGAAGAAGAAGCGGCGUGCCCAGCAGGUGCCCCCGGAGGACUCGAGCACUAAGAAGGAGCGGAAGGUGUACAACGAUGGCUACGACGACGACAACUACGACUACAUCGUCAAGAACGGGGAGAAGUGGCUGGACCGCUACGAGAUUGACUCGCUCAUCGGCAAGGGCUCCUUCGGGCAGGUGGUGAAAGCCUAUGACCACCACGAGCAGGAGUGGGUGGCCAUCAAGAUCAUCAAGAACAAGAAAGCCUUCCUGAACCAGGCCCAGAUAGAGCUGCGACUGCUGGAGCUCAUGAACAAACACGACACCGAGAUGAAGUACUACAUAGUCCACCUGAAGAGGCACUUCAUGUUCCGGAACCACCUGUGCCUGGUGUUCGAGCUUCUCUCCUACAACCUGUACGACCUCCUGCGCAACACCAACUUCCGCGGCGUCUCUCUCAACCUGACCAGAAAGUUUGCCCAGCAGCUGUGCACGGCGCUGCUGUUCCUGGCCACGCCCGAGCUCAGCAUCAUCCACUGCGACCUCAAGCCCGAGAACAUCCUGCUGUGCAACCCCAAGCGCAGCGCCAUCAAGAUCGUGGACUUUGGCAGCUCUUGUCAACUAGGCCAGAGGAUCUACCAGUACAUCCAGAGUCGGUUCUACAGAUCUCCGGAGGUGUUGCUGGGCAUGCCCUACGACCUGGCCAUUGACAUGUGGUCCCUGGGCUGCAUCCUGGUGGAGAUGCACACAGGAGAACCCCUCUUCAGCGGCUCCAACGAGGUGGAUCAGAUGAAUAAGAUAGUGGAGGUGCUGGGGGUCCCUCCCAACCACAUGCUGGAUCAGGCUCCCAAAGCACGGAAGUACUUUGACAAGCUGUCCGACGGUCUGUGGACCGUCAAGAAGAACAAGGACAUAAAGAAGGUACUUUACCCCUCGGCCUCCGAGUACAAGCCUCCUGCGACGCGGCGGCUCCAUGAGAUCCUGGGGGUGGAGACCGGGGGUCCUGGCGGGAGGCGGGGCGGAGAGCAGGGGCACGCUCCCUGCGAUUACCUGAAGUUCAAGGACCUGAUCCUGCGCAUGCUGGACUACGACCCCAAGACACGCAUCACGCCCUUCUAUGCGCUGCAGCACAACUUCUUCAAGAAGACGACGGACGAGGGCACUAACACCAGCAGUUCCACCUCCACCAGCCCGGCCAUGGACCACAGCCACUCCACCUCCACCACCAGCUCCGUCUCCAGCUCCGGUACGGGACACAGCAGUGGAUCUAGCGGUUCUUCCAAUGACAACCGGAAUUACCGGUAUAGUAACCGGUACUACAACAGUGCAGUUACUCACUCAGACUACGAGAUGCAGAGUCCACAGGCUCCAUCUCAGCAGCAGCUGCGCCUCUGGCCGGGUGGAGAGGGGGGCAUGGGUCCCCUGUCCAACAGCGGCAGUAGCGUUGGCGACCCCCCAUACCCCCAGCUGCUGCUGCACAAGCCGGCGGCCACCCAGCACUCACGCCACUUCCUGGGAGGCGGCGGCGUCGGGGGCAUGAUGGAACCCCACCACCCGCACCCCAUCUACGGCGGUCACCACGGCAAUGGGCGGGGCCUGCGGCAGACUGGGCAGGGGAACCAGCCCCAGGGCCAGGCUUCACAGGGCCAGCAGGGCCAGCCCCUGAUGCCCAUCUCCUCCCCACAGAUGCCGGACAGCAUCGAGCUCAGCCUCACACACCACCACCAUCUGGGUCAGUCUUCCAUCAUGCCGCCCCCAUCCAGCUUGGACUCCAGCCAGUACGGCUCCUCCAACCUCCACCUGGGCCUCUCUGCCUUUCGGACUAGGACGGUCAUGGCCCCCCAGCCGCCCCCCGCCGGCUCCCAGCAACAGUUGGCUCAGCCCCCAGCCUCUCAGGACAGCUUGGUCGCUGCCUCCGGGCUUGGAUACAUCCCCCCAUGCUACCCGGGAAGUAACAACAAUAACAACCCUCCCCAGGGUAGCGUGGUCGGGGGCGGGAUGCUCACCGGGGGGCCCCCACCCAGGGGAGUAGGGGGCGGUGGGGGGAGGCCGGACUCUGAGGAGUCCACCAUGAUGGGUGUGUGCGGCAGUGGAGGAGGCGGUGGUCAGAACACGGCCAACUCUUGAUAAAUCUUGAACAAAUUCCAAAAGCCAUACAAUUUUAACAACGACAACAUUACAAUUUCAACAUGCAUACAUACACAGUAUACACUCUUGAGUUUGGAACAAAUACGGCCACACAUACAGUUACAGAGACAAACUUGUGAAAUAUCACAGGAGUUUUGUUUUGUUUUGCAUGGGAGAAGGUCGAGGGAGAGUGGGAGAGUAAGAGAGGGAGAGUGGGAGAGGGAGAGUAAGAGAGGGAGAGUAAGAGAGGGAGAGUAAGAGAGGGAGAGUGGGA